GGACUCCACCAUUGCCCUUCACCUACAUCGCUAGAACUAGAUUUAAGAAGUCUUCAUCUUUUCCAAUGAAAUCUCAUCAGAGACUUGGAGUUCCAAAUUCAUCUUUGAUAGCUGAUUUGUUUGGAGAUGACGGAGAAAAUCAUGGGAGACACAGAAAAAUCGCGAGAGGAACAGGAGGGAUAAAGGAUUGGAUACAGGGUAUCCCAUCUUCUAGUUCUACCAAACAUGGGAUACAGCAGGAUGGGACAAAUUUUUUGUCCCAUCCCAUGGUUUUUCCGGGCUCCCAAACGUGCUCAAUGUGUUUUAGUGACAAGCUUGAUGAAAACCAGAUCAAACAGAUAGAGGAUGCUCAGUGUCGCAUUCUAUUGGGCCAGGUGAAAUUCAGUGUGUUUAACUUCUGGCCAAGAAUGACAAGGAUUUUGUUUUAUAAACGUUGGGAGGAGUUAUUGCAAAUUCACCGGAAUCAAGAAGAAAUAUUCAUCCCUUCGAUAAGGGCACGGAAGAGCAAGGCGAAAGAGGAUAAAAAGAGAAAAGAGGAUGAAUAUGAUGAGAAUGUUUUAUCAUAUGUUGAUACGUUGUUGGAUCUACAACUCCCAGACGAGAAGAGGAAGCUUGAUGAGCGUCAAAUGAUGAGUUUGUGUGCAGAAUGUCUUGAUGGUGGCACUGAUACCACAGCCACAACAUUGCAGUGGAUCAUGGCGAAUUUGGUUAAGUACGGGGAUGUCCAAGAGAAUCUCUUCAUGGAGUUCAAAAGGGUUGUGGGAGAUAGAAAGGAAGUGGUGGUAGGAGAAGAUGAACUGCAUAAGAUGCCUUAUCUAAAAGAGGUGAUUUUAGAAGGCCUAAGACGCCACCCUCCUGGACACUUUGUGCUACCACACGGAGUGAUAGAAGAUGUGGUUCUAAAUGGCUUUUUGGUGCCCCGAAAUGGGACAGAAUUGUUGGAUAUUACUGGCAACAAGGAGAUCAAGAUGAUGCCAUUUGGAGCAGGGAGAAGGUUCUGUCCUGGCUAUUCUCUGGCCACGCUUCAUUUGGAAUACUUUGUUGCCAAUUUGGUCUGGUGUUUUGAAUGGAAGGCUGUUCAAGGGGAUGAUAUCGAUUUGUCAGAGAAGGAAGAGUUCACAGUCGUAAUGAAGUUUCCAUUGUGGGCUCGUAUAUAUCCAAGGACUAAGUAAAGCUAUUACAGUUGUUACAAAGUUUCCAUUGCAUACUGCAACUAUGUAUAAUAAGGUUGUUAUUUGAAAUGAUUUUCUUUUCUUGGAUUCCAGAGAAACCAUGCAUAAAUUAAUUUACAUAUU